AUGGCCACUUUCUUCUCACUCUACCCUUCAACUUCCUCUUCUCUUAUCUCUCCUCCCAGAACCCCAAAACAACUGUUUUCUUUACUAAAACCAAAUUCAACUUGUAUAUACUUCAAGAAAAGAUCAUUAUCUGUAAAUUCAGUUCUGUCAACAGAAACUGACUCAAAAGUUCCACAAACGGUGCAGACUUUCUGGCAGUGGCUAAAAGAUGAAGGGGUUGUGUCAACCAAGACACCGGUGCGGCCGGGAGUGGUGCCUGAGGGCCUUGGACUGGUGGCCACAAGGGAUGUUGCUAAAAACGAGGUCGUUUUAGAGGUGCCCAAGAAGUAUUGGAUCAAUCCUGAUACUGUUUUAGCAUCAGAGAUUGGAAAUGUGUGCUCUGCGUUGAAGCCUUGGAUUUCUGUUGCUCUGUUUUUGCUCAGAGAGAGGUUUAGGGAGGACUCUAAGUGGAAAAAUUACAUUGAUAUUCUUCCAGAGUAUACUAAUUCCACUAUAUUUUGGUCAGAAGAGGAGCUUUCUGAGAUUCAAGGAACACAACUGUUGAGCACAACAUUGGGCGUGAAAGAGUAUGUGCAAAAUGAGUUCUUGAAAGUUGAAGAAGAAAUCAUACUUCCAAACAAGCAGCUCUUCCCUAUUCCAAUAACAUUAGAUGAUUUCUUUUGGGCAUUUGGGGUACUCAGAUCGAGGGCAUUUUCUCGUCUUCGCAAUCAAAAUCUAGUGAUAAUCCCCUUCGCAGACUUGAUCAAUCACAGUGCCCGAGUUACUACAGAAGAUCAUGCUUACGAGGUUAGAGGACCAGCAGGUCUUUUUUCCUGGGAUUACCUCUUUUCUUUAAGAAGUCCGUUACCACUCAAGGCUGGCGAACAGGUUUUUAUCCAAUAUGAUUUGAAUAAGAGCAAUGCUGAUAUGGCUCUGGACUACGGGUUCAUCGACUCUAAGUCAGAUCGUGACGCAUUCACAUUGACACUGGAAAUAUCAGAUUCGGAUGUUUUUUUUGGUGACAAGUUGGAUAUAGCCGAGUUAAAUGGUUUAGGAGAAACUGCAUACUUUGACAUUAAGUUGGGACAACCUCUUCCACCUGCUAUGCUUCCAUAUCUACGACUGGUAGCACUUGGAGGAACUGAUGCUUUUCUUCUGGAGUCGAUUUUCAGAAACACUAUUUGGGGUCACCUCGAGUUGCCUAUUAGCCAUGCAAAUGAGGAGCUUGUAUGUCAAGUGGUUCGGAAUGCAUGCAAAUCUGCACUUUCUGGCUAUCAUACCACCAUCGAAGAAGAUGAGAAGCUGAAAGAGGAAGGAAAUCUAAGUCCAAGGCUUGAAAUAGCCGUUGGAAUAAGAGCGGGAGAGAAAAAGGUUUUGCAACAGAUUGAUGAUAUCUUCAGAGAGAGGGAAUUGGAAUUGGAUGAACUCGAAUAUUACCAAGAAAGGAGGCUCAAAGAUCUUGGUCUGGUUGGGGAACAAGGUGAUAUAAUCUUUUGGGAGCCCAAGUAG